UCCCCACCUCCAGUUCCUCACUCACACAGGACAACUCUUCUCCCCACAACUCCACCUCCUACCAGCUCAGAGCACACUGUCAACGCAGGCAGCCUCCAUGGACGCCGUGGAGUCCUCGUCACUGUACUCGCCGCCCUCGCUGCGCCACAAGCUGCGCACCACCGUGUGUGGCUGCUUCGGCUCGCCGUCGUCACCGGGCAGCAGCGGGGAGAGGCCGCACACCGGCGGCGGCAGGAGCAGGUGGAGGAGGCGCGUGGCGGGCGCGGGGGAGUUCAGGUAUGACCCGCUCAGCUACGCGCUCAACUUUGACGACGGCAGCAGCGACGACGGCGACGCCGACGCGGAGGACGCCGCCUUCCGGCACCGGAACUUCAGCUCGCGCCUGCCGCCCUCGCCGGUGCCGGCCUCCCGAGCCGUCGCACUAGUAGCCUCUGUCCCUCUGAGCGAGACUGAAUCACUACAUCCGUAAAAGCAGUUUAUUUAUACGGCCGGGGAAACGUACGUACCGAGGAGUAGCAGUAGCAUCAUGUAGUUAUUAUACAUGUAAGAAUCAAUCAGUUCAUUUUUAAUGUUC